AUAGCAAUGAUUGUCUGACAGAGUGUUUGUUUGUAAACAAAAACAUUCAACACUUUAGUGGAAAAAAUGCGUGAAUUUUCAAUACUUGAGAUAAUAGCCAUAGUUUUGGUAACAAAAACAUCACUUAAGAUAACACUAAGUGUCUGUCGAGGACUUUGGACAACAUAUUUAGCCAACAAAUUAGGUUUUGGCGUUCAGUGGAAACCGGGAGAUGAUGUGUGGGCAGUGGUCACCGGUGGCACCGAUGGUAUCGGAUUAGAGUAUUGCAAACAAUUAGCACAAAAGGGAUAUAAUUUGGUGAUAAUUAGCAGAAAUGAAGACAAACUGAUGGCCACUAAAGCAUCGAUUAUCGAUACUUACCGAUGCUGUCGACAGAUUAAAAUCAUUUGCGUUGACUUCAAUCGGACGGAUAUCUACCAAAAGAUUGCCCAAGAGUUGAACCAAUUGAAUGUCAUCGAUGUGUUGGUUAACAAUGUCGGUACACUUUACAAACAUCCCGAGUAUUUUAUGGACAUUGACCCGAAAAUGAACGACACGUAUGUCAAUGUGAAUAUGUUGUCGUAUCUGAAAUUAUCUGAAAUAGUUUUGCCAAAAAUGAUUCAACAAAGAAGAGGUAUUGUCAUCAAUAUAUCGUCACAAACAGCACUCUUUGCCAUACCUUUGAUGACCACUUAUUCUGCGACUAAAGCUUUUAAUCGUUUCUUAUCCGAUGGAUUGUCAACUGAGUAUAAGUCCAAAGGAGUGAUCAUACAGACAGUGAUGCCAUCGAUGACCAAAACAAAGCUAUUGACGGAACGCAACGGCAACUCAUGGUUUACAGUCUCGGCUCAUGACUUUGUAAGAGCCGCUCUCAAUACAGUUGGCAUUGAAAACAGUACUUAUGGUCAUUGGAAACAUAAACUCAUGUCUUAUAUCAUUGAAUCUAUGAUUGGUUUCAUUGGACAAAGAGUUUUGUCUGAGUUUACAUUUUAUACUUUAAAUAAAGAGAGUUUCGCUAACAUUUGUAUCAAAUAUUUAGUGUUUUUGUUGAAAAUUAUAUAUUUUUAUUUGAAUAACAAUAAGACUGUAAUAAUGUUAUCAAAUUUAGAAAUUGUUGCCAUUAUUUCCAUAACAAUAAUAAUACUUAAAUUUGUUUUAAGUAUAUUAAGAGGUAUAUGGACUACAUAUUUGGGAUAUCGUUUAGGAUAUGGUAUUCAAUGGAAACCGGGAGAAAAUGUAUGGGCAGUUGUGACCGGUGCUACCGAUGGUAUUGGACUCCAAUACGCUAAACAAUUGGCACAAAUCGGAUAUAAUUUAACAAUAAUUAGCAGAAAUGAAGACAAACUAAAAACAACUAAAAAGAUGUUGACUCAGACUUAUGUCAAUUGCAAACUCGUAAAGACAAUUACAGCUGACUUUAAUCGGACUGAUAUUUAUGAUGAUAUUGAAACACAAUUGAAUCAGUUGGCUGUCAUCGAUGUGUUGGUCAAUAAUGUCGGUAUUGUUUAUCACAUACCGGAAUACUUUGUGAAGAUUCCCUCAAAGUUUAACGAAACUUAUAUUAAUGUAAACGUAAUGUCAGCUCUUAAGAUGACUCAAUUUGUUUUACCACAAAUGGUGCAAAACAAGAGAGGUGUCAUAAUAAACGUGUCCUCACAGGCCAGUGAAAUACCGUUCCCACUUUAUGCCACAUACUCGGCCUCCAAAGCAUUUCAUACAUUUCUAUCGGAUUCACUAUCUAUUGAAUACGCGUCCAAAGGUAUUGUCAUUCAGACUGUUGUUCCCAAUCAGGUGAAGACAAAGUUGACAACCAAUGUUGAUAUGCCAUUGAUUUCGGUGACACCCGAGGAUUAUGUGUCGGCGGCCAUCAAGACUGUUGGUAUUGAAAACUACACUUACGGUCAUUGGAAACAUAAAUUGUUGGCAUUUUUGGCAAAUUUAGGGAUAAGUUUUAUUGGUAGACAAAACUUCAGUAAAAUGGCAUUCAUUAGCACUUUAAAUAUGAGACAAAUAUAUUAUCGGAAUAAUAAUCUCGAUAAUGAUAUUUAA